AUGGGGCAGGAGACCCCGAGCACGGAGGAGAUGGAGCAGUUUGCCAAGGAGCUGAAGCACAAGCGGAUCACGCUGGGGUUCACGCAGGCUGACGUGGGGCUGGCCCUGGGCGUGCUGUACGGGAAGAUGUUCAGCCAGACGACCAUCUGCCGCUUCGAGGCCCUGCAGCUCAGCUUCAAGAACAUGUGCAAGCUGAAGCCGCUGCUUCAGCGCUGGCUGGACGAGGCCGACGGCAACGCCAACCUGCAGGAGAUGUGCAGCAUGGAGAGCGCCCUGCUCCAGGCCCGCAAGCGGAAGCGAACCAGCAUCGAGACAGCGGCGCGGGGCUCCCUUGAGAGCUACUUCCUGCGCUGCCCCAAGCCCAGCCUACAGGAGAUCGCCCACAUCGCCCACGACCUGCACCUCGACAAGGACGUGGUCCGUGUCUGGUUCUGCAACCGCCGGCAGAAGGGGAAGCGCAGCGGGGGCUGCUCCGUCCGUGACGACUGCGAGGGGGGGGCCCUGCCCUUCGCUCCCCCCGCCCAGCUGCCAGGGCCUCCCAUGGGGCACCAUCCCCCGCCCCCCCAGGGUUACAACGCCGCCGCCUUCGCCACCCUCUACGUGCCCCAGUUCCACCACGGGGGGGAGCCCUUUGACCCCACUCCCCCAGGACCCCCCCUCAUGGGCCACCCCAUGCACUCCACCUGAACGCCUGGGGGUGUGGGUGGGGCAGGCGGACCUGGCAGGGGGCAGACACUGACAGGCUUGUGGCAGGACAGGGAAUUUUAACUGGAAACACCCCCCCUUAACUUUAUGGCAAAGGAUUGUGGGUAAAUUUCCCAGGAGGGGGGUGAUUUGCACACCUCUCCCCCCAUUUUUAAUUUUAAGGCAAGGCAUUGUGGGUACCUUUUUAUUUACAGGCAAAUCUCCCCCCAAGUCUGAAAGGCCUCAAUGCACGAAACAACCCAAUGCAAGGGGAAGGAAUGGUUCUAGAUCAGCCUUGUCUAGCCCAAGCAAGGAUUCUCGAGCCAGCACCCCAUCUUGGCUCCAGAGGCUCUGGACCGCAAACACUCCCAACCAGGCUGGCUCUAGAAGUGGGAUGUUCUCAAUGUGUUCUAGAACCCACCAUGUCCCAGCCAUCUGAGGUCUAGAACAGCUACAGUCUCUCAGUGGACAAUCUGGAGCUGCUGGUGUUCUAGGUAUCUCAACAUGUGAUGCCAGAAAGUCCUGUAAUAUCUUUAUAGGUCUAGAAUAGCUAAGAAAGUUCUGGUGGCUCGAUUCCUGUCAGCUCCUUUCAGGUAUCUUGGGCUGCAGGUCAGGGAUCUAGAACCUUGUGGAAUCCAAAACAUUGGCCCUUCAAGGUGGGAGGGUUCUAGAACAACCACGAAUGCUUUAGAAUCAGGCCACCCCUGUUGAGAGCCUCUGCGUGUUGAUCUAGAACCUCCAGUGUAGCCCUUCAGUCUGUAGGCGCUCUAGAAUAUCCUGGUGAAACUAGGACUCCAUCACGGUGAUCUUCUGUCAACCUAUGUGUACGUGAUCUAGACCAGGGCUUCUCAAACUUCAUUGCACUGUGACCCCCUUCUGACAAUAAAAAUUACUACACGACCCUAAGAGGGGGGAACUGAAGCCUGAGUCCACCUGAUUCCCACUGUCCCGGGUGGAGGAGCUAAAGCCUGAGCCCAACCCACAGUUUGAGAACCGCUGAUCUAGACUAACCCCUCUGGCUCUAGAGCCCAGUCACCCACUUUGGAGGCCUUCACCCAUGGAGGGUCUAGAGCAGGGGUGUCCAAACCUUAUGUCCCCUUCAGGAACCUCAGGUUGCAGGGGGGAUGGUCCAGAGCCACAGCAGCUCUUUGACUCUAGAACAAGUACAGUAAGUCUAGAACCUUGCUCCCUUUGCCAAAGCCAACAUGAUACUGAACCAGGGUGAUUCCAGAACCAACACGUGUCAAGUCUAGACCCACAGUGACUCCAGAACCAGGACAGGAGUUUAGAACCACCAUGACUCCAAAACCACACAACCCCCUCCAGCAUCCGGAGUGCUGCUCCGCAACAACCCCCAGGGUCCCCACAGCCCCCCAUCUCCCAUCCCAGGAACCUCGGGGGGUGGAUUCUAGAUCAGCCAUGUUCCUCUAGACUUUGUAGCUCUUUUUUAGGGAAUGGUGUAAAUAGUGUAAGACUCUUUUUCUCCAGCAGGAGGCGAGUGGGUCCUCA